UUAUCCCUCAUCUGGUGUUUAAUAAAAUCUCUGUGGACUAUUGUUGCAGGUUGUAUAGGCUUGGUCAUGUUGAAACGUCAGCAAGCCAUAAAUGAUUUCAGCUUUUAUGGUGAAGAUACAGCUAUUUUAGAGACAUAUACUGGUAUACAACAUGUAUUGACACUUGGAUACAUGUGGAAGUGGAGUAAGCAGCCACUACAUUGAGAUCUACUGGUUUAUCUGGAGACAAAUCAGAAGACUUGCAUACCCAGCAACUAGCUUAAAUAGAGCCACUACAUUGAAAUGUGUAGACAUCACCAGACGACUUGUUUGUUUUAAACAGACAGACUGAAACAGAUGUGCUCCAAGUAACAUGGAUUUGUGAUAUUUCUGUCAGUGUUGAAAUUCAUACAGUAAGAUAAUUAACUAAAGAGUAAACCUUUGUAUUCAAAAUUGUAACAGCCAUUUUGAAAUUAAGCUCCAUUCUGGUAGAAUUUUUCUUCCAGGUAAUUGUGAUGUCCAUGCACAAACAUCUUUGAACUACCAUUGCUGCAUAUUGAAACUGGCUGUCAAAUGUCAGCUGUUAGACAAGACUGUAUAAGAAAACAAAUCAUGUAACUGUAAAACCUGUUAAAUUGUUUCUUUGGUAUUACUUUUCUUUGAGUAGCUUAAAGUACAAAUAUUAUUAAUCUUGACCUUGCUUUUGGCAUAAUAUUGUGAUGGCUGAAGAGGAACUUAAUGUUGACUUUAUAGUAAAGCUGGGUGGUAGUGCGGUAACCCACAAGGAUUAUACAGAGAUGCUCAAUUCACACAACUUGGCAGAAGUGGCCAUUUUACUCAAUCAGUGUUACCUUGCCAACAGGACAUUUAUUGUCGUACAUGGUGCCGGAUCGUUUGGUCACCACCAUGCGAAGAACUUGAAGGUCAAUGAAGGUUACAGACAUCUUGAUGACAAGGCGGCAGCGGUGGUCAAACACGGCUUCUGUGUGACGAGGAAGUCCGUUCUCAAGUUGAACUCAUUGAUUGUGGAUAGUCUACUGUCUUUAGGGGUUCCUGCUGUUGGAUGCUCGCCGUGUGGACAGUGGGUUACAGAAAACAAAGCUGUGAAACAACAUGGCGUACCUAGCGUGGCGUCUCUGCUGAAGGACGGUUUUGUGCCUGUUAUUCAUGGAGACUGCGUUCAAGACACCAAACUGGGCUGCUGUAUUCUGAGUGGAGACACAAUCAUACAUACUUUAUGUAAAGAAGUGCAUGUGAAUAGAGUUGUGUUUUUAACAGAUGUUGAAGGAAUCUUUGAUCGUCCCCCAAAUGAAGAAGGUGCUCAACUGUUGUCUAAAAUCUCCGUAGAUAAAGACAGAACACAUCAAACAGUGGUGUCAACGUCGCAGUCUGAAAAUGAUGUAACAGGAGGGAUUCGAUUCAAGCUGGAGACAGCUGUUGACAUUGUGUGUAAUUCUGACGGAAAAAUCAGUGUGUUUGUUUGUCAGAUUGGAACCCCGUCAGCAGAGACCAUCUGUAUACAUGAUGAGCUGACCGACCAGACUUUCACUGGAACUGAGGUGUUAUUAACUAGAAUAUAAUAUAGUUAGACCUUCACACAACCACCAUAUUCGUGCCUAGAGCACUUUGUUGUCAUAUCAAAUUGUCAUAGCGAAUUUGUCAUGAAUUAUCUCCCUUGCCAUAAUGACGAGGAAAAAUGUUGCUCAA